UUUAACAUGUUAAUUUUUGCUUGACUUUGAAGGGUGUGCAUGAUGUCAACAUGAAACGCACCGUAGCCCUCCGUGCUCCUCAGUGCACCUGUGAGGAGGACCCACAAUUCUUCAAGACUUGACAUGAGGCGUUGGGACAUCACUGAUUCUGUCAUUGUGGUCAAUGAACCAGAUCAAGUGGGGGUGACAAUGAAUUCAAACUUACCAGAAAUCGAGGCAAAGGAAGCAUGUGACUGGCUGAGGGCGGCGGGAUUCCCACAGUAUGCCCAACUUUAUGAGGAUUCCCAGUUUCCCAUUGAAAUAUCCGCAGUCAAGAGGGACCAUGACUUUCUCGACAAAGACCUUGUGGAGCCUCUUUGCCGUCGACUCAACACUCUGAACAAGUGUGCCUCCAUGAAACUGGACGUGAGCCUCCCCAAGAAGAAAAGUGAGGACUCUGAUGAGGAGGACCUGCUGGCCAUCAGCAAUAGAUGGACAUUUGAGUGGAACAGCCGGCGCUGGUCACGUCUGCAAGACAUCGAUUACCUCUUGGGUAGAGCGGAGGAGCGGAGCCCCUCAGAGGUGGGUGAGCAUCUGCGGACCACCGUGAGCAGCGAGAGCAUUCUGACGGACCUCAGUGAGCCGGAGAUCUGCUCCCUCCACAGUGAAGACUCCUUGGCUGUCAUGCCUGACUCCGCCUCGCUCACCCCACUGCACUUACCCAGAGAGCUGCCUCAUUACGGUUCACUCCCUGCCAAGAGCAGGCGACGUGGACGCACACGCGCCAAAGACUUCUUGAGGAGGAUGGAGACGCUGGGUCGGACAUGGGGGCCAUCAAUGGGGCGUUCAGAGCGACGCUCUUUGGUUAUUAGCGGCCCGGUUCUGCAAAGCGAGCCAGAGGCGCUAAAGACUCUAAGAUGCGUUCAGAUUUUUAACGACGGGCCUCUAAACUCUGAAAACAUGCCACCUGCCAACAACUGCCCAAAUUCGUUGGCCAGCAGCGAGGCCAGCAGCCAAUCGGAGACCAGUGGUAGUGCUGGAAGUACGCCGAACAUGAAGGGACGUGUCUCAAAGUUGUAUCCUCCUGGUAAACGUGCAGGCAUCUACCUGGAGGACAUUGAUGUUCUCGCCGGUGCCCCCCAGAGGAGGAGACCGGUUGAACAGAGCCGAAAAAACGAUUUCCGCUCCUAUGACGAGCUGUUGGUGCAUAUCCCAAAAGAUCACAAACCCGGUACCUUCCCUAAAGCGCUGUCAAUCGAGAGUCUGACACCAGCCAGUAAGGAACAAAGAAACUGGAAGGUUCUGGAUUCAGAGCCACAGCCAUAUAAGUGCAGGAAAGUUGGCGGAAGGGAACACCGGCCCGUGACGCGCUGCUGCCCGCGGGGAAGCAGGAUCAGCGUGUACGAUAACGUACCGGGCUCACACCUGUAUGCGAGCACAGGGGACUUAUUAGACCUUGAGAAGGAGGAUAUUUUCCCACAUUUAGAUGACAUAUUGCAGCAUGUGAAUGGCUUGCAGCAGAUCGUGGACCACUGGUCCAAAAACGUCUUGCCGGAGAGUGAAGGGGAGGGGAGGGCGUCAGGGGGCGGGACCAGAGGAUUAUCGAGCCAAUCUUCCAGUCAGAUCACGCUGGACUUUGAGGGGACCUCUGUAGAAGGCCUGACCACUCCAAGCGACGGCAACAAGGACGGGGUUUCCUUAAAUGACACGGACACCUCCAGCACCAGAGAGAGGAGGGACUCGGGGGUGGGAGCUUCUCUCACACGACCACACCUUAGAUGGCCGAGCUUCAGGAUGUCAAACCUCCUCAGCCAAUCAGGAAUCUCGCUACAGAUAUCUAGCCAAUCAGUGGGCCAGCUUAGCUUGCUGCAGAAAUUCUCUUUAUUGCGUCUCACUGCAGUCAUGGAAAAAUACUCUAUGUCCAACAAGCAUGGGUGGACUUGGUCAGUGCCAAAAUUUAUGAAGAGAAUGAAGGGACCAGAGUACAAGGAUAAGGUGGUUUUCGGCGUUCCUCUGAUUGUCCAUGUCCAGCGGAAUGGAUACCCUCUGCCUUUGAGCUUACAGCUUGCCCUGCGCUUUUUAAGGAGCCAGUGUUUGGACCAGGUGGGACUUUUCCGUAAAUCUGGAGUGAAGUCUCGUAUUCAGGCUCUCAGGCAAAUGUGUGAAUCCUCCCCAGAAAAUGUGAACUACGAGGAUCAGUCUGCGUAUGACGUGGCGGACAUGGUCAAACAGUUCUUCAGAGACCUGCCUGAGCCUCUCCUCACAAGCAAAAUGGGCGAGACCUUCCUCCACAUAUACCAAUAUGUCCCCAAAGAACAACGCUUACAGGCUGUGCAGGCAGCUAUCAUGCUGAUGGCCGAUGAAAACCGUGAGGUCCUGCAGACGCUGCUGUGCUUCCUAAAUGAUGUCACUUCCUCUGUUGAGGAGAACCAGAUGACCCCCAUGAACCUGGCAGUGUGCCUCGCUCCUUCGCUCUUCCACCUCAACAUCAUGAAGAAUGAUAACCUGUCGCCUAGGUCUAUUCAGAAGAAGUAUGCCACUGGGAGGCCAGACCAAAAGGACCUGAAUGAGAACCUUGCGGCCACUCAGGGGCUUGCGCACAUGAUUGCUGAAUGCAAUCAGCUAUUUGAGAUUCCUCAGGAGAUGUUCUCCCAGUCCAGGAACUCAUACAUGGAAGCUGAGCUGCUGGCGCCCUCUUUAGAUGAGCUCUGUAAAAAACAAUCGCAGCAGGACGAGGAAGAGGAAGAAGAGGAGGACAGCACAUAUCGCUCUUAUCUGGAGAGCCUGAUACAGAAUUUGACAAAAGAGGCCAAAGACAAGACCAAGGGCUGGGUGGCCAGAUCAAACAUUGACAAUAUUGAGCUAUCAUUCAAAAAGGUGGGAGACGGGACCCCGUUGAGACGCUGGCGUGUGUCUGCAGAGGUGGAAGCUCCUCCAUCGGUGGUGCUGAACCGUAUACUGCGAGAGCGCCACCUGUGGGACAGUAACCUGCUACAGUGGAAGGUUCUAGAAACUCUGGACAAGCAGACAGAGGUGUAUCAGUAUGAGCUGAACAGCAUGGCCCCUCACCCCAACAGAGACUUUGUGGUGCUCAGGACGUGGAGGACAGAUAUGCCAAGAGGGGUGUGUGUACUGGUGUCGGUGUCGAUCGACCAUGAGGAAAGCCCACAGCUGGCUGGAGUGAGAGGGGUAGUUCUGGAAUCACAGUAUCUGCUUGAACCAUGUGGCUCUGGAAAGUCCAGACUCACACAUAUAUGCAGAGUUGAUCUGAAAGGAAAGUCUCCAGAGUGGUACAACAAAGCUUUUGGCCAUCUCUGCGCUAGCGAGGUCACUCAAAUCCGCAACUCCUUCCAGGCUUUGGAUCCUGAGGGCCCAGAGACCAAAAUCUGAGCAGGGCUACGUGGAGUCAGACAUGAGGGAACCGGGAUGUAGUUCACCGUCAGGGCAGAUGGUCACAGAGAACGAACUUGGAGAGAUUCACGACAGAAGACAAGAGCAAAUGGAAGGGUUUUUUGUGUUUCUAGCCCCUAAACAACAUCAAACUGCCAUGUCCUGUUGGUUUAAUAGACUGUGGAUCAUUGGGAUUCAUUUUAGAGUGUUUUACCCCUUAUAGGGCAUUUAAUGUAGUCUGUUUAUUUCAUAUGAAUUUAUGCAGCUGUUCAAAACUGCCACUUUUGAAAUGGCAUUUGUUGUGUGUUUGGGGGCAUGUGAUUAGAAAAGAUGGACAGAGAAAGUGACAGAGACAGACUCCAGCGUAGCCAUGAAGCCAUGUCUGUAAAAAAAAAGAAAGAAAAAAAAAGUCAUAACUCUGCUUCCUGUUGUCCAGUCUUUACCACAGCAGACAGCUUUAACUAGCACCUUCAGAGCUUCGCUUACAACAAACAGAUGCGGAUGACAAGCCACCCCAUGCUAAUCAAAACACAGCAGGUCUGGUUUAGUUUUACCAAGCACUUCAACCUAAAGUACUGCAUUCUCAAACCAAAUUUAGGUACGUUAUUGUCUAAACAUUAUUUAAACUCUGUAUUUAGGUGUUCUAUCCUCAUUUGAAUGAAGCUAGUGUUACAGUGACUAUAUUUUUAAACUAAGAUUGUAUCCUGGUGAUGUAUUGACGUGAAGUAUUUACUGACAAGCCCAUAUUAUUUCUAAGUUCUGUUUGAAGAAAUAUGUUGUUUAUCGUUACAAUAGUCCUUGAUUUCAUUCGCAGGUAAGCAAUAAUGUAUUUUCACGAUAAAUGCACCAGUACUGUGCUCUUCUGACAAUGCAAUAUGAUUUAAGAUUAAAAAUCAAAGUUGUAAAUAAUACAGGUAAUGCUAAUGAUUGUUGCAAGUAUGCAUUAUUAUUAUUAUUAUUAUUGCUGUCAUUGUUAUAUGUUGCUGUGUCACACUCUACAAUGUCUAGGACAUGAAUUCAUUUCACUGCUUCUGAGAAGCAUGUCUAUUCUAUUCAAAAAGCUGUACAUUUGUGUGUGUUUGUGUAUAAAUGUGUAGAUACAAUUCUGGUUGUAUAUUUUGUACAAAAACGAGGCUUAUGGACAGGUUAAUCUGCUUUUAUGCUCAGUUCAUUUCCUCCUCAUAUCAAUAUUUUGCUUGAAAUAUCAUUGCAAGCUGGUUUAAUCAGCUGGCUUGUUCAGUGCUGUUGGGAACUGUGGGUUCGACUUGAGCUCAAUGGCAGGAGGAGGGCGAUAUGUUGUGGCUCCAAAGUAGUUUUUGAACAGUAACAGGGUGAUUGGAGUUCCAAUCAUUUGGAAAUGUGAAAAAUAAAACCUCAAUGCAGUACUGUU